UCUGAUGUGUCCAGCAAGAAUGCAGGAUGAUACAAUUACACUUAUAAGAAACAGAAGAGAAAGCAGCUUCAAGCAAAAAGGGCAUUCAGUGAACACUGCCACCUGAAGAUGAUUCUGUUCUCACUCUCAGUGGAUAAGCUGGAUGCUGGCAGUAAUGGCAGAACAUUUACAGAAGGACUGCAGCUGUCAAGGUAGGACACUGUGAUCUGUAUUCACCUGCAGUGCUGAUGGGCUCUCCAGUCUUGUUAAGCUUCUCCUGAAGAUCCAAUAUUUUUAUGAAGUGCAAUGAAGUCAAAAAGUCUGAACUACUGAGGUCUUCCUAGAACUGGCUUCCCUUCAGACUGUACCAACGCCUAACACAUUGGAUGUCAGGCAUAUUUCCUGUUUCAAAAAGUUGUUUUUAUGUUAAUGCAACAGUUUAAGUCCAUCUGGAAGCCAGCUUUUCAGAUUAUUUCUAAGGUGGCAAGUAGUACUUGUCAACAGUAAGAUUAAGAUUAAUUCCUUCUUUGUUCUUUAAACAUGUCAGGAUCCUUUUCCACAGAACAUGGAUGUGUUUCAGUUACUGACCAGAGCAUUUCUAGCAUGGAAAGGCACAAAGAGGUGACGCCCACUUCUGCAGAACAUGACAGGAGCUCUCUAAACAUUUCCUAUAAGAAUUCUUUGUAACUGAAAUGAGUCAGCUAAACUGGAGAACUUUGCAAUGUUUUCAUUGCCAUUAGGCAAUGCAUGGUGACAGGAACUGGUUAUGUCUACACGACGGCCAGAGCAAUUAAAGUAUUCCUCAUGUUAAGGCUGGCUGUAUGAGCUAAGGUUUCUACCCUCUCUGCAGAGGUUCUUAAGCCAAAUGCUCUUCCCCUCUGCCAUACACGAGGUGCAAUCCUCCACUGACUCCAAAAAGGACAAGCACACGUGUAGCACCUGUACUAGGUUCUCCAAAAAGAGCACAGGAGGGCACAAUACCAAGGCUUUACUUGAUAGCACUUGCCACAGAAGUUAUUUCAUUUUUACCUUGGAGUGACUUCCACACAGUUUUGGCAGGACAUCGAUAUGGGAGAGCCCACACUGUUGUUGUUGCUAUUAGCAGUGUUUUGAUGACAGCUCAUGAAUGAAGGAUCUCAUUGCCUUGUCCAAGUCACCCCUGAAGUGCCGCUUACUCAGAGCUACCUGCUAACUGCAGUUUGGCAGCUGGAGUCUUCCUGUGUCAGCAGAUGACUUGCCUGUCUCCAGGUCAUUUGAAAUCAGUGGUGAAACAUACUUUAGCAUCUGUAUGACAGUCCAGUCAUACCCAAAGCAUAAAAGCAUAAAUACAUGCAGCAGGCGUUUGAGUUAGGGAGGGAAAUAUCUCUCAUUAUCAAUAGGUUAAUUCCAACUCAUUCAUCUGUUAAAGUCAUUAAUUUAAGUUCAGUGAUGAUGAGAUAGCCUAAAAAAGCCCCGAAUGAUGAGGGUGUUUCUCCGGGCUUCACAGAGCAGUGUGUCAGCAUAUCCACUCUGCACCUUUAUGCGGUACAAAACAAACACCAGGAAGCCACAGAAUGUUAUAAUCCUGGGAUUGUCUCAUAUAGCUUUGUGUGCAGUAUAAGAAAAUAACAUCAGUUUAGGCAGAUCUCUUAAAGGUGAAGCCUGACUGCUCCUUGUCUGUGCUAGAAGUCUUGUUAGUGACUUCUCAGUAGUAGGAAAGAGACACUGAGAAAAUGAAAGAAACUUUUCUGUAGACAUUAAUCAAUGGACUAGAACAGAGCUCUUUAAAACUUUUUCAGGUAGGAUGGGAGACUCUAAAAUAUCAGAGACCUGGCACCUUCUGUAUUGUAGACUAUCUUAUCUAUGUGUAGUCUGACCUUUUUCUUGCUCAUGCUGUGCCAGCACCUCUCAUGUGCAUUUCAGCGUGAGGAGUAAUGUCCUUGAAGACUACUUCUUUAGAAAGCACAUGUUGUAGCAGCAGCCAGCAGACUGAGUCCUUUUUAACCCACACAAACCAAAACUCUGUCUCAUCCUGCACACCCUCAGAAUAUGCAAUCAAAUUUAAUCCAGUGUAAUUUACAGCCUGCCAGCCACCAACUCAGAGCCUUUUCCAGCAGCGUGAUGAGCUUCCUCCACUGCCACUGAGUGUGAUUGCUGUGGAAUCACCUCCAGAAAACACUGCCUGCUUAGGCAACAGGCGUUCCUCCUGCAGCUCAGAACAUGUCUCUGUGCUGAGCCAGCUCUUCGUAGGAACUUUGCACACAGUGCUGCGUAACUUUGCUUUUUACUGAAAGGAACGGAUUUUCUGGUUUUGGAAAACAAAUCCAUUACUCGGUGUAUCUUGGCAGUACUGCCCUUCUUAGAACAGUUUCUCUAAGGAAAAUCUUUUAAAAGGGACCUCAUGGUCUCUCCUACUUAUUACACUCUUGUAGAGGUCUUGUCUUCAUCCGUAAAAUUAAUGGCUUAAUAAGCAUUAGAACCUCCUAUUAUAUGGUAGCAAAUAGGAAUACAAUACUUUUAUCAAUAUUUGGCACAAUUAUUUUUUUUAUGUGAAACUAAAAUAUUGAUGCUGUCAAGUGACUGUAGCUUAGGGGCAUAAAUUACAAACAUUCUUCCCCAGCGAGCCCAGCUCAAAUUCUGCAUUCAUAUACAGUAACCAUCUAAUGUCUUUCUGUUCCUGUAAGCCAUAUGAUUUGAUUGCCAGAUUACAUGAUUCUGUAUUGAAAUGGCUGUACUCGGACGGCAGUGUUUUUAUUGUUAUUACUAAGAUUAUCUUUUGUUCUUACUGUAAAUGGUAACAAAACAAUAACUGCUUCCUUACGCUAUAAAAGGAAUAAAGACCCACUUACAGAACGUCUCCAAACAGAAAAUGUCCCCAGAGAAAAGACAUUUGGAAUAAAUAAUUCAUGGAACAGUGGGAGAGUAGGGGAAAAAAAGGUCAUUUGCUGUAUUCUGGUACUUCAAACUGUUUGUUUUAAACAGAGGCUGUUUUAAUGGAGAGCAAGAUGUGCUUUAAGGAAGAACAGCCGUAGGGAAGUCAGUUCUCUCUGCAUUUGUACCCACACUGCAUGUUUUAUCAGCAGCACAGAACUCUCCAAACUGAGGGAACAGUCCCCGAGAUCUGCCCCAUUCUUUUGCUUUUCUGUGGUUUAUUUCCUCCCGUUAGCGUCGUUCUCGGCUUGCUUUCUAAAUGAGACCUCAACCCGCCCACCCAAAGGAAACCACAGCAUCUCAGGAUUUCACAUCGAAGCCAAGCAGCCCCGCCCGCCUGUGCUAUCAGCAGAGGGAUGGAAUUCAAGGCUCCUGGCGUUCGGCUGCCCGCGCUGUCUGUGCGUCACAUCACAAAGCCAGGGGCAUCCUAAAGGCAGCCCGGAGAAAAUCAGCAUGCGAAAACGCCUUUUAAAAGCGCUUCAGUGAGGUUACAGACGGCAGAAAACAGCCUUUCUCCACCCAAGCCCCCGACCCAGCAUUUACACGAGCGAUUGCUUUGCUGCCGUUUCAUUUCCCGGCACUCAGGGAACUCGAGGCGCGGAAGGAACCCAACCCGAUAAGCCGCCCCAGCAGCGCGUGGCGGCUCUGCGUAGGGCGGCCCGGGGCGUCACGUGACACAGCGCUCACGCCAUUUGCAGCGGAGCCGCGCGCGCAGCCGCAGUGCUGCCUUCCGGCGGCGCGGCGCUUUUUCCCGCCCUUCUUCUCUCGGCGGUGCCAUGGCGGGGGAGGCGCCGUGCCCGCCGCUGAAGGUGCUGGCUGCGCAGCUGCGGGGCGCGGCGCGCGACGCCGGCGGGACGUGGCGGCUGGACCGGACGGCGGCGGGCCGCGCGCCGCUGUGCGUGCGGGCCGUGUGGAUGCAGGGCACCGUGCUGCAGGUGGAGCGCGGAGGCGGCGGCGGCUCGGCACGGCUGCGGGACGGCAGCGGCCCCUUCACCGUGCUGGGGGUGGAGGACGUGCCCCGCGGGCGGCCGUGCCUCGACGCAGGGAAGUACGUGAUGGUGAUGGGAGUGGUGCGGUCCUGCAGCCCCGAGCCGGUGCUCCGAGCAAUAAAGAUGACGGAUCUUUCCGAAAACCCGGUGCAUGAGGAGAUGUGGAGCCUGGAGGUGGAGGAGCUGCACAGAGUCAUCCCCUGAGCUCUGCCUGGAAGAUUUGAAGUGAAUACAUUUCAUGGUUUGGUUUCUGACUUCUGAGAAUGGAUUCUAAAGACACGCAGGGAGAAUAUGAAACUGGUAGCUGAUGUUGUGGUGUCUGGUAUCUUCUGAUAGAUUUUGAUUUCCUGUCGUACUGAUGACUGUGGCCACAGGUGUUUCUGUGUGAAAAGCUGUCAUUUUAUACUAGGGCUGGAAUUUACCAUUCAGGAAAGUCUCAAGCUGAAAGGGAGAUAAAAUCCAGUUAAAUUUUGGUAAGUACUUACAAGGAUGGAAAUCAACAAGUAACAAGUAAUGCAAUCUGUUCUUGCACUGAGCAGUGGGGAAUCUCUUAAUGGAAAAAUAGGAUCAGAUUUAUUUACGUUGCUAUCAAAAAGCUGUGUAAAACAUAGUUCAGCAUCUUUAGUUACAAAUUUGUCUUAAAUAAACUGAACUAAAGAUGUAAGGUUCUUUCUUCAUGUCUAAUUUAGGAGGAAAAGAAGAGCAUUAUUGCUCAAGUUCAGGGCAUCUGGAUCAGAACUGUGAAGACUACUGGUGAAGCACUUUUGACAGGGAGGAAUUUUUAGAAAAAUACGGAUAUCAGUGACUGAGAUUCUCCCUUGUUCUCAUGCUCUUAGGUGGCUGUUAAGAGCUGUGACUAACCCAGCCCUUAAGCCUCAUGCACUGUGUCCAACCUGACUCUUCCUUUUUGUAGUUUGGUCUCUUAUACUUCCUUCUCUUUAGUGUGUUUACAUAUUUAAAGACUUAACUCAUGUCUUUUCUCUGCUUUUUAGUGCUUUCCCCACAGAGACCUCAUUUGGUCUAAAAAAUGUGUCCAAAAAUGAUGCAUAAAACAAGCUGAAUAGAGAAUUAUUUCUCCUCUUAAAUGUGUUUGCUUGUAUGUGCAUUUCAGUUCUAGUAGCAUUUUGUUGGUAACUAAGCCUGUAAUCCCCAGCAAUUGCAGUGGGAAAAUGUAAAGCAGCAGCACUGCCUGGCUUCAGUCUUCUGGCUGCCCAGCCAUCUGCGUCUGUUUAACACAGCAGCAACUGAAUGCUCAACGUUCAGGUUUCAACAAAAUUUGGCUCUGCAUUUCAUAUUCUUAUGUUGAUGAGUUCGUAUCAGCUUUGAGAGCACUUUCUGCCUGGAAGUUACUACCUGGAUUGCAAUGUCCCAGCCACCUACUGUUGGCACCCAGGGUAAAGGCAGUAAAUGAGGCAGGUAAUGCCACCUGGUGUUCAUUAGCACACAUGGGAGUACAUGUGUGUGUAUUAGUGCUUGUUUUCUGGGUCACUUUUGCCAUUAUAUAACAAUCUGUAGUCUGUAAAUAGCAUAGUUCAAAGAAGGUACUGUUUGCAGGAUAGCCAGUGGGGGCUGUUUUGUUUUGUGGUGUUUGUUUUUAAAAGCAUCACUGUCCUUUUCAUCUUUGCGUUUUUAGGGAGAUUCCUAGAAGCAACUAUCCAGCAAGAAGGAUGCACGUCAUUGAUGAGGACCUCCUCCUAGGAACAAAGAACCAGGAAAAGAAAGCAAUCAAGGAAAAAAAGUGAGUGUGAACCAGAACAGAAAUGGAGAAAGACUGAAGAGGGGAAAAAAGUAGAAAACCUAAGAAAGCCAAAAAGCCUGAAGAUAAACAUCAAAGGUGCUACAAAUGCAAACUACCAAUCAGAACCAACACCUCACUAUAAAGAGAGCCAACAAGGACGAGACUUGCUGUACUAAAAAAGCUCUCCAUCAAAUCCAGGCUUUAACCUCUGAAACCAACCACUCAGCGUUAUCAAAAUCAGCAUCUUAAUUAUUCUUUUCUUUAAUCAGUAAUUCCCUUUCAUGACAAUGCAGGGCUUUUAGGUCUUUAAACAAAUGUAAUCUUAAUUGAAUAAAGAAAUAAAAAUUAA